AUGGCGUGGAUUCCCGCAAAUCCAACGUCACCGUUUGCUUCGACACCCACGAUCAUCCCUGACACUCCGCUCCCUAAGCCACCAGAUCCGGCAGUGGAUCCAGUGGCUUAUUUGCGAAGCCUUCACUCUGUCAGAGACAGAGCUAAAUUCGUGCUCGAAAAGGCUCGACAGAACCAACUUUCGCACUUUACGGUAGACACAUCCAAAUUCCGGGAUACCGCUGCAUACAUUGUCUCCAUAAUUAAGAGGGAUUAUGCCCCAGACUACGAAUCGAUUCCUCCUCAUGGAUGUUGGCAACACUUUGAAGCUGGAGGACGACCACGAGUGGACCAGCUGCUCCAGUCAUGGCCCUCAACCGUGGAUGCGCAAGAACGAACCCGGCGCUUGGUGGACCUAUUUACCAUAUCAGUCUUGCUUGAUGCAGGGGCAGGGACUCGUUGGCAAUAUCGAAGUAAGGAAUCUGGCAAAAUUUUCCGGCGGAGCGAAGGUCUAGCAGUCGCUAGCUUAGAGAUGUUCAAAGCCGGGAUGUUCAGCAGCGACGCAAAUGAACCUUUUCAAGUAGAUGGUCCUGGGCUUCGAAAACUCACUCCGCAGACCCUUGCAAAGGGUCUACAAGUCUCCGAGGAUAACCCUAUCGUCGGAUUGGAAGGUCGUACGGGCCUUUUGAUUCGAUUAGCUGCUGCUUUGGAGAAUCAAGAAUUGUUUGGUGUUGAGGCUCGACCGGGGAGUAUGCUUGACUAUCUUCUUUCACAUCCCACAACACAAGCGACAGCUAUUCCCAUAGUUCCGCUUCCCACUCUUUGGUCUGUCCUUAUGGACGGCUUCGCUCCUAUUUGGCCAACUGGCCGUACGCAGAUUGAUGGAGUGUCAUUAGGCGACGCCUGGCCAUGCUCAUCCAUGCCGUCACAUCCAUCCCAGCCAUGGGAGAACAUCUCGCCCUUCCAUAAGCUCACACAAUGGCUGGCUUAUUCGCUGAUGGAACCAAUGUCCAAAUUACUUCACAUUCACUUCUCAGGCCGACAGCUGUUAACAGCAUUACCUGAAUAUCGCAACGGCGGGCUUCUCAUCGAUACCGGCCUUUUAACUCUUCGCGCCGAUGACGCCAAACGGGGUAUUGCUGCCUAUCAUCAUAAUGCCAAGUUACAGGGACAACCCAGUAUGGAGGUUGUUCCUCUGUUCGCUGCAGAUGACGAUGUUAUUGUGGAGUGGCGAGCGUUGACGGUAGGAUUCAUGGACGAGUUGUUGAUCGAAGUCAACAAACUUCUCGGCUUCCCCAAGGGCGAAGGACUCAGCUUGACGCAGAUGCUUGAAGCAGGCACAUGGAAGGGCGGCCGAGAAUUGGCUGAAGUCUCACGUCCAAACACCAAAGAACCCCCGAUUUCUAUAAUUUCGGACGGCACCCUCUUUUAG